GCCUGAGAGACUUAAAUGACAAAGGGCUUGAGGCUAAUUGACUCUUCAUCUGCACAAUUGUUCCAGGGGCGCAAUGUCAUUAUUGAGCAAAGCCAUGGGAAUCCCAAGGUCACCAAGGAUGGUGUCACCGUAGCCAAAAGCAUCAAUUUUAUGGAUAAAGCAAAAAAUAUUGGUGCAGAUCUUGUGAAGCAGGUUGCCAGUGCAACUAAUAAAGUUGCUGGUGAUGGUACCACUUGUGCUACGGUGCUGACUCAGGCAAUAUUUACAGAAGGUUGUAAAUCAGUGGCUGCGGGGUUGAAUGUAAUGGACUUGCGCAGUGGUAUAAAUAUGGCCAUUGAUGCUGUUAUUGCAGAUCUGAAGAGCAGAGCAGUUAUGAUUAGUACACCUGAAGAGAUUACACAGGUGGCCACUAUCUCUGCAAAUGGCGAACGAGAAAUUGGGGAACUGAUAGCACGGGCAAUGGAGAAAGUCGGGAAGGAAGGAAUCAUCACUAUUGCUGAUGGAAAUACUCUGGAUGAUGAGUUGGAAGUGGUGGAAGGGAUGAAGCUAGCCCGUGGUUAUAUAUCUCCUUAUUUUGUUACAGAUGAGAAGACUCAGAAGUGUGUACGUAUAGAUAGUGGCUAAUCAUGAUAUACUUGUACUCUUAUAAUUAGCACCCUCAAAUAGCUGUCAAAUCUAAGAAUCCGUAUACACAAUAUGAAUUUU